AUGGAGUCUGAAAUGAUUGCAUUACCAAGUGCUAGUGAAGAAGCAGGUUGGCUAAGAAGUCUGGUAGCUGAGAUUCCUUUAUGGGAAAGACCUAUUCUAGCUGUGUUAAUCCAUUGCAAUAGUACUGUGGCUAUUGCAAAAGUUCAGAACCAGGUUGUUCAUGCUAGUAAUAUUAGAAAGCAUGGUAAAUUAGGGUGGACUGCACUUAAGCUUCAUAUGGCUAAGGCUUUUGAUAAGGUUGAAUGUGUUACUGGUAGUGUUCAGCCUACUCGGGGUCUUAGACAGGGGGAUCCCCUUUCUCCUUACUUGUUUAUUUUAUGUGCUGAAGAUGAUAGCCUUAUUUUUGGUUCUGCUAAUCGAGAGUCUUGUGAUGCUCUAACUGAAAUCUUUGAUACUUAUACUAAAGCUUAUGGCCAGGCUAUUAAUUUUAAUAAAUCUUCUAUUUUGUUCUCUCCUAAUGUUUCUGCUCAGAUUAAAAACCUUUUCCUUACUAAUCUUAAUCUGCAGGAUAAACCUUUCAUUAGUAAGUAUUUAGGUCUGCCUCAAUGUCUUGCCAGGUCUAAGCAUCACUCUUUCUCUUUUCUUAAAGAUAGAAUUUCUUCUGUUCUUCAAUCCUGGCAUUCUAAGUGUUUUUCUAAGGCUGGGAAGGAGGUCCUUCUUAAAGUUGUAAUUCAAGCGAUUCCUGCUUAUGCAAUGGCUUGUUUUAGGUUGCCUGUUAAGCUUUGUAAGGAAAUUGAAGGUGUGAUGGCCAGAUUUUGGUGGGGUUCUUCGGGAGAUUCUAGGAAAAUUCAUUGGAAAAAUUGGCAAUCUCUCUGUCGUUCUAAGUUUGUGGGGGGUUUGGGGUUUCAGUCUCUUAUUCAUUUUAAUCAAGCUAUGCUUGCUAAGCAGGCCUGGCGUAUUUUUACCCAACCUGAUUCUUUAUUGAGUUUAACUCUUAAGGCUAGGUAUUUCCCAAACUCUUCUAUUCUUGAUGCUAAAGUUGGUCAUAAGCCUUCCUUUUCUUGGCGAAGUAUCCUUUGGGGCAGGGAUUUGUUGGCGUCUGGUCUAGUGUGGAAAGUGGGUAAUGGAGAGGCUAUUGAUACCCUUAAAGACCAUUGGAUUCCUAAUUCUAGAUAUAAGCAAACCCUUUGUGGUCUGGACCCUCAGCAGUUGAAACUAUCUUAUUUUAUUGAUCCUUUGGGGUCUUGGAAUAUGGAUAGACUUCGAUCUUGCUUUGAUGAUUCCACUAUUAAUGAUAUCUUAAAUGUUCCUUUUUCUGGGCUUGAGGGUAAGGAUGAGCAAAUUUGGGGGAGGGAUAGUUCUGGGCUUUUUACGGUUGAAUCUGCUUAUCACUUAGCUCUUGAAUCUCGAGACAUCCCUUCAACAUCUUCUUCACUUGAUAUGAAACCUUUCUGGGCCAGAAUUUGGCAUGCACACAUUCCUCCUAAAGUUAAACAUUUUGUGUGGAGAAUUGUUACUAAUUCUGUGCCGGUUGCUAUUUUACUCUCCCAACGACAUAUUAUACCUUCUCAUUUAUGUCCUUUGUGCAAUAAUUUCCCUGAAACAGUUAUGCAUGCCUUGCUAGAUUUGGAUAAAGGUUUCGCAGAUUUAUUGUUGUGCUUUUUAUGGACCUUUUGGAAUCAAAUGAAUAAUGCUUUCUUUAAUCGGUUCACUCUUGAUCCAAAGGAUAUAUUUGCUUGGUGUCAAAGCUUUCUUUUGCAGUAUUUGGAUGCGGACCAGAAAAGAUUUACUCCUCCAACUCGGUGUGAUCAGGAUCUCUUGGAUAUGGAUCGGUGUCCUCCGGGCAGGUAUCAGGUUUUCACAGAUGCGGCAAUUGAUAAUGUGAAGCAGGUUUUUAGCUUAAGUGUGGUGGUGAAGAAUGAUUCAGAUCAAGUGAUUGCUGGGUUGGUGAAACCAGUUGCUGGGUUAAUUGCACCGGUUGUAGCUGAAGCUAAAGUUGUUUCUCUUGCAGUUGCUUGGACUAAAUUAAUUAAUCUGCUUGUUCAUGCUUUGUAUUCGGAUUGUAAGGUUGUGGUUGAUAAGCUUAAUAAAUGUAACUGGAAUAAUAGUGUUUGUGAUGAUGUCUUACUUGCUGUUAACAACUCUUUGUCCUUUAGUCCUAGACCUAAAGUUGUGUUCAUUAAAAGGGAUGCUAAUACUCAUGCUCAUAAUUUAGCUAAGCUUGGUUUAGGAUUAGACAGGGAGUUAUUGUGGAAUGGUUCUUUACCUUCCUUGUAA